GGACGUUUCCCUCCCUCCGUCUCCCUCCUGCUCCAUCUGAAGACAAAUGCGAAAAUGUCCUCGGGUGAGGUUACCAAAAAUUGUUUUUUUUUUUCAUAGUGGUUUGAAUGGCAGUACAGUGUGAUCGUGGGAAAUUCACCGGCCCUGGUGCUAUAAAAUUGAUACUAAAGACAUGAUUUUCACCCUACUUCAUCAACGCAGUUAAGUUUUCUUUUUGGACCCCUAUUUCAUACCACAAUGCAGCAAGCUUUAGAACUGGCUUUGGACCGUGCGGAGUAUGUCAUUGAAAGUGCCCGACAGAGACCUCCUAAAAGGAAAUACCUAUCUAGUGGAAGAAAAUCUGUAUUUCAAAAACUUUAUGACUUAUAUAUUGAAGAAUGUGAAAAAGAGCCUGAGGUUAAGAAAUUAAGAAGAAAUGUGAACUUGUUAGAGAAGCUUGUCAUGCAAGAAACAUUGUCAUGUUUAGUGGUCAACCUGUACCCAGGAAACGAGGGAUAUUCCUUGAUGCUCAGGGGAAAGAAUGGAUCAGAUUCUGAGACCAUUCGACUGCCUUAUGAAGAAGGGGAAUUGCUUGAAUACUUGGAUGCAGAAGAAUUGCCUCCUAUCUUGGUUGAUCUCCUAGAAAAAUCUCAGGUUAAUAUUUUUCAUUGUGGAUGUGUCAUAGCAGAAAUACGGGACUAUAGGCAGUCCAGUAAUAUGAAAUCUCCAGGUUACCAAAGUAAGCACAUUCUCUUACGUCCAACAAUGCAGACUUUAGUCUGUGAUGUACACUCAAUAACAAGUGAUAACCAUAAAUGGACCCAGGAAGACAAACUUUUGCUUGAGAGCCAGCUGAUCCUAGCUACGACUGAACCACUGUGUCUCGACCCUUCUAUAGCUGUGACAUGCACUGCGAACAGACUGCUCUACAACAAGCAGAAGAUGAACACGCGCCCAAUGAAACGGUGUUUUAAGAGGUGUUCCAGGUCCUCUCUGAACAGACAGCAGGAUCUGUCUCAUUGCCCACCUCCUCCUCAGCUAAAGUUACUGGAUUUCUUACAAAAAAGAAAGGAGAGAAAAGCAGGUCAGCAUUAUGACCUCAAAAUUUCUAAAGCGGGAAAUUGUGUGGACAUGUGGAAACGCAGCCCCUGUAAUCUGACCGUGCCUUCUGAAGUGGACGUGGAGAAAUACGCUAAAGUGGAAAAGUCCAUCAAAUCUGAUGACUCACAGCCAACAGUCUGGCCAGCCCAUGAUUUAAAAGAUGAUUAUGUCUUUGAGUGUGAAGCUGGCAGUCAGAAAACAAAGCUGACCAUUUUACAGUCACUUGGUGACCCCCUUUACUAUGGUAAAAUUCAGCCAUGUAAAGAAGACGAAGAAACUGACAGCCAGAUGUCUCCAUCUCCCUCCUCCACAGAUGAUCAUUCAAAUUGGUUCAUUAUUGGAUCAAAGACUGAUGCUGAAAGGGUAGUCAGUCAGUACCAGGAGCUGGUGCAGAGUGAAGCCAAGUGCCCGGUCAGGAUGUCACACAGCUCCAGCGGCCCGGCCAGCCUGGGCCAGCCUUCCCCAGGGAAAGACACGGAACAGUCUGAGACCGUGUCCGUUCAGUCUUCAAUACUGGGGAAAGGAGUAAAACAUCGGCCUCCACCCAUUAAACUUCCUUCAAGCUCAGGAACUAGUUCCUCAGGGAACUGUUUCACGCCGCAGCAGGCCAGCAGCUUUCUCAGAUCUCCCACUCCUCCGCCUGCGUCCAAGCCUCCGAGUCUUUCUCGGAAGUCGUCUGUGGAUCUCAGUCAAGUCAGCAUGCUUUCUCCAGCAGCCCUGUCACCUGCCGGCUCGUCACAGAGAGCCGCAGCCGCCCAGGUCAUGGCAAGCUCCGCUGGCCUUAGCUUCAUCAGUGCCGUGGGCUCUGCGUGUGGGGCUCAGGCUUUGAUGAGUGGUUCGAACCCUGUGCUGGGCUGUAACACUGGUGCCGUAGCUCCUGCAGGAAUCAGCCUGAGCGGCCUUCUCCCCUCAGGAGGUCUGCUGCCAAGCACACUGCCCGGCGCGGUGCAGGCAGCUUCUCAAGCAGGUGUUCCAUUUGGGUUAAAAAAUACUUCAAGUCUCAGGCCCUUGAAUCUACUUCAGCUCCCAGGUGGCUCACUGAUUUUCAACACCCUGCAGCAGCAGCAGCAGCAGCAGCAGCAGCAGCUCUCUCAGUUUGCUCCCCAGCAGCCUCAGCUCCCUCCCCAGCAGCCCACAGCGUCCAGCCCUCACCAGCCAGGGGAGCAGGGCUCUGAACACGGCUCCAGCAGUCAGGAGCAGGCCCUGGCCGCUCAGCACGCCGCUGCGAUCAGCCUGGCCGGAGCGGGACGCCUGGCGCAGCCGCAGGCCGCGUUGUCUCAGCUUGGCUCUGCCGAGAACAGACCUGAGCACAGCCUUCCCCAGCAGAGACUCCAGCCCUCCUCUGCCUCGCAGCAGCAGCAGCAGCAGAUACAACAGCUGCGGUUCUUGCAGCACCAAAUGGCUAUGGCGGCGGCGGCGGCCCAGACGGCGCAACGGCAACGGCAGCGGCACACAGGCGGCCAGCCAAACAGUAAAGUGAAGAGGGGCGCACCCACCUCUCCCAAAUUCUGAGUCUUGCUUUCUUUUAUUUUAUUUUUUUUAUUUUUUAAGAACUUAAGAGCUAUGAAUGGAAAGGAUUCUGAGUUUCUACUUCAUUGUUGUUUUUUAAAACAUAUCAGUAUUUUACAUUGCUUGAUGUACAAACUUUAUAGAGAAGCACAACCCUAUGAUUUUUAAAUAAAAACAGGGAAAUGCUUUGACACACCAUUAGGGUUGGUUUGC